ACAAAUCCUUUGUUUGUGUUCUGGUGCCUGCAGCAGUUAGGAAGUCAUUCAGAUUCCGAAUAUUUCUGUUAUUGACGACUUUCUAAUGUUUACAAAAGUUUGCAGUUUUUUUGCACACGCGGAAGCGUUUGUGCAGGUAGAAAAUAUAAACAGCAGACCACAGUAAUCCAUAAAAUCUAUCCAAGGCGUGCGCGUGCGAUCGCACACCUCUCCUGAAAAAGCCUGAUAUCAGCAGUGACCCAUCAAUUUUUUAGAAAAUUUCUUUGCUGGUUUUGGCUAUUGUAUAGAGUGUUAAUGCUAAUCAAUAAAAUGUUUAGCCAUGAUCAUAUAUUUUGAUAAACAGUUUAAAGGGUUUCACAUCAUACAGACAUCAUUUGUUGAUGAAGAUGACAUCAGUUAUUCCAAGUUAUUUAGCCUUAAAGCCUUCACGUUAAUCUUAAAAUGUUCAUAUAGCAUAUUAUUAUUUAUCAACAAAUAUUUGUUUUGGAAAUGUGUAUUGCAAAAACUAGAAAUUUAACAUGAAUGAUUGUGUCUUUUCCCACCUAAUAACUGUCUCAUGAUACUUUUAACCAAUUACAGGUCUGUAUUUUUUAGAGUAGCCAUUAUGGUUUGAGGGAAAAAUGUUUGCUGUUCAUGUGGUCAGCUCUUCAAAUAUAGGGGCUGAAAAAAUUCUGCCCUAAUUUUUAAAAAGCUGACUGCAUACACAGCAUGUUUUUCUGGUAUUCGCCUGGUAUUUGGCAACUGGUGGAGAAAUUGUAAGAUAUAAUGUAGACUUCAGGUGAAAAAGUCUAGUUUGGGUUAAGUGCACACUACAUUUUAAGUUUGGAAUGGAUUUUUCUUAUUGCUUACAGUUCUGCAUAGAAUUUUGCCUUUUGGUAAGCAUAACAGGUCUGGGACUUUGUACUUUUUCCUUUAAUUAUACAAGGAUCUGAAGUAUAAUCAACCUAGGCCACAAUGUAAUACAACUUCAACAUAGUACUUUUCUGAAAUACAAUUAUUGUGUAUAGAAGUCAAAUUUAAUUAUUCUUCACUAUUUUUUUUCUAACUUUGUUUCCUGAAUAAUGUUCAUGAUGAAGUAUGCUUAUGGUAAAAACCUUCUAACGAGUAGGAAUGCAUCUUGAAUAAUAAAAUAAAUAUUUAAAAUUAAAUAAAACUUGUAGUGUAUACAACAGGCUCUGUCACAAAGAUUUUAGCAUAUGUCCAGCAAACACUUUGUUUAGGCAUGCUUUUAGAUGUUACAUCUGUCAAAUUCUUAUAAAAUUUUAAAUUUUGCAUGUGCUAUUAUUUCUGUGUGUAGAGGUGUUCCUGUACUAUUGCAAACCCCUUCUGAAAAAGCUUUAGACGAUCUAAACUAACUUGCGUCACAAGUUGACUUAAAAGUAAAAAAAGUUGACAUUAAAACAAUUUGCUUUUUAUUUGUGUAUAAUGGCUGCUACAUCUGGUGUGUUAAAGAUUAGCUAAAUGCGUGUUGUGUAGUAUUUGUGCGUGAAGAAUAGGUGAAGCUCUACAGUAUGGCUGGAUUACCUUUGCCAGUCAUCAUUAAACGCAAGAAACGUCUGAUUAUUCUUUGGGAUCAUUAUCAUUUCUUUCUUUUCCUUUUUUAAUGAUUUAUACCUAUCACGUCAUCUAACAAUUCUUUUAUUUUUUGCUCUUUCCAAAAUUUCCAAUGUCUCACAAGGGUGUUUCCAAAUGCUGUUGAUUUAUCAGAUGUCUUUGUCAACAGUAAAGUUAGCAUAAUCAGGCAAGCAAUAUGAUUCUGCAGUGUGCCCCUGCACUGAAAAGUUUUACUUUAUUAAAAAAGUCCUGAAUCAGUAACAAGGAAUAUGAGUAAAACAUGUUCUUUUUUGUAGUACGAAUAGUUUUUUUUUUCCAGUUUAGUUCAAGAGUUAUGAUCAGGAACAAAACUAUCACUUUUCGUUUAUUUAACAAGGCUUAUUGCCUGACUACUCCAACUGUUUGCAGAGUACACGCAACAAGCACGGUGCUUGCCUUAAACCACAAUCUGUUUGUUUUUAUGAAGAAGUUAAAGAAAAAAGAGAACCAUUGAAUGGUGUGAGAGUUUGUGACAUGACAAGAGUUUUGGCAGGCCCAUAUUGCACCAUGGUACUUGGAGAUAUGGGAGCAGAAAUUAUCAAAAUUGAAAGACCAGGGCAUGGUGACGAAACACGCAAAUUUGGACCUCCAUUUCUAAACAGUGAAAGUUUGUAUUUUAUGUCAAUAAAUAGAAACAAAAAGAGUAUUUGUAUCGAUAUGACAAAGAACACUGGGAAAGAUUUAAUAUACAAGCUGGUAAAAAAGAGUGAUGUCUUCAUAGAAAACUUUGUGCCUGGUAAAUUGAAAGAGAUGGGAUUUGGGUAUGAAAAGCUGCAAAACAUCAAUCCAAUGUUAAUUUACUGUUCCAUAACCGGUUUUGGGCAAAAAGGUCGGGAUUCAAAAAAGCCUGGUUAUGACUUGAUUGCUAAUGCCCAGGGAGGAAUGUUGCAUAUAACAGGAGAAAAGGAUGGUAAACCAUGCCGCCCUGGUGUUGCCUUAGUAGAUAUUGUGACUGGAAUGUAUGUGAAUGGAGCUAUUAUUGCUGCUUUAUAUGAAAGAAAGUUUUCUGGCAAGGGAAAGAAAAUUGAUGCAUCGCUUUUGCAGACACAGGUUGCUAUGUUAUCUGAUGUUGCUUCCAGCUUUUUAAACUUCAACAUUGAAACAACUCGGCAUGGAACUGCACAUCCCUCCAUCGUUCCUUAUCAGGCUUUUGAUACCUUGGAUGAAAAAAUUCUUGUAGCAGCUGGAAAUAAUAGACAUUUUGUCAACUUAUGUAAGGCAAUUGAAUGUCAAGAGCUUCUUCGUGAUGAAAGAUUUCGAAGUAAUCCUGAUCGUGUAAAGAAUAGAGAAGCACUAAUUAUAAUUCUGAAGAACAGAUUAAAAGAAAAUUCGAGUAAAUAUUGGUUGGAAUGUUUUGACAAGCAUGGUGUACCAAGCAGUUUAAUUAACGAUAUGGAAGUUGUGUUUAACAUGCCUCAGAUAUCAAGUUUAGGUGUUGUUCAAGAAAUGCAUCAUCCUACUGCUGGUAUAGUCAGAGUCCCAGGUCCAGCAGUCGAGUUUGAUAAUAAACAGCCACCACGACCAAUCCCAGCUCCAUUACUUGGACAGCAUACUGUAGAAAUCAUGCAGAGUGUAUUAAAUAUGGACAGUGGUAUGGUUCGUUCUUUGCUCAAAGAAAAAGUGAUAGUCCAAAAUGAUUUUAAUUGUGGAUAGGAAAGAUUGAUGUUAUUGCCUAAUUGCCUAUUUGAAGGUACCGCAAAAUACUAUAUUAUAUUUGGACCAAGCAAGGUAAAGCAUCAUUGGUUAACAGAGACACAAUUAAAUGUAAGAAACCUUUUGUGUCUGACCAAACAUUCUAUUAAACUGUAAAACUUUAAUGCAACCAUACGACACCUGACCAGUUGCGUGACAAUAUGAUGGAUGUAUAAAUUUGAUUUUAACAAUUUUAAAAUAUUUUUUACAAACAUUUGAAUGAUUUACGUGUAUUCAAAAAAUUUUCCCCUCUUUAAGCGAGAGCUUAUUUAAAAAAUCACACAUUAAAUGGAAUCUAAGAAAGUUUUAGUUUUUUUUAUUAUAAUUGUUGUUUACAUUUUUGAUAGAAUAAUGUACUCAGUUAUUUUGCUUUUGGCAACAAAAAUUUUUGUAAUAAAUAUUCUAAUAUGAAAGCUCAACCAUGAAACAUAACCAUGAACUGGGACAAUCUGCUGCGGAAUAGUGAAGGUUUUACUUUAGUUAUUUUAGUUCUGUUUUCGUCUUUACUCAGAAGUCAGAAGGCGGUAAUGCAUAUUUGAAAAUGUAUUAAUCAUUCUGUUUUCCUAAUAUUGCUGUUUUAAUAACUUUAGCAGCUCCAAAUGUUAAUAAAGGAUUUAUUAUGAGCCAGCAGAUUAUUUUUCUCCUCAUGAAGAGAACAUAAUAUUUAGUUUCCUCAAAAAAUUAUUUUCGGGGGAUUAGUAAUUUUCGGAUUUCUUAGUCGAAACUGUCCAUAAUGCAAUCUUUUUACAGUAUUCUAAUUUUUUUUUACGAGAUGAGAAUGUUAUUUAUAAUCUCAUCUGUGAUGUUUCCUGUUGAUUGUUUAUUUCAUGUCCAAAAACAUAGCCGUCGCCAUGUGAUUAUGUCAAAUAAAUAAUUACCAAAUUA